AUGCCGAGAGGUCGCCCAAGAACUAUCGCUGAGGAAACAACACUGUCCUCACAAGACACUAUAACACCUGAGCAAAUCGACACCGACCUGCAAGCAAUACACAACCGAAUCGCCAAGCUUGAGGAGCUCCGCGUCGCCCGCGAAAACCUUGCCCGCCUAGAAGCAGAGGUUAUCAACCCUUCCGAAAUAGGUUCAGUAGUGAACCGGGACCACCCAGGCAACCACCCACCAGAGAGUCACACUGAAGAGCUAAAGAUCAAGAAUAUCUCAACCUUCACGCUGAAUUUCAACCUACAAAGACGCCAGGAUUGGCUCCUCGACCUCCGCUACACCUUUCGGGGUGCCCCCGAAAAUACCGAACAGAUGGGAAGAAAAUCCUAG